UAAAUGAAUGGUGCCACGUAAGAAGGGGCGGGUACCUCGAAACGUGGGAAUUAUCCAAAACAGUAAUCUUUUUCAGUCCGUCACGCAACUGUAGCCGUCGGUGUUGGUGCCCAUCACCUCCCUGCGCAUUUUAUCACCGCUCCCUUCCUUCAUUUCCCAUUACAUUAACAUACGAAGAUCUCCGAUUUCGAGCUGAUUAGAGCUGUUUUCUAAGUAAAUUAGCUUCACUUUCUGGGAUAAUCUCACUGCUUAAUGGUAUUAAGGUAGGGUCUGAAGAUAAAGGUUCUUCCCAUAUGCACUUUAACAUUGUAACUUCUGGGUGUUAUAUCUUUGAGUAUAUUAGACGAUGGCAGCUGCUGUCUCAUUGCUGCUGCCCCGCGAACUGGGCAUCCAGGGGAAAUGUGGAUUCACCUGCCAGCCUAAGGGCACAAUGAGCAGGAGCCAGACAGAUUCUUGCAGCAAAUUUCUGUCAUCACAUUCUUCGCGGCAGGACGCGUGGAGCAUUUACCUUCUGAAUAGUGUACGUGGGCCUUUGUUUUCCCAUCCUCCACCUACUAGAUGUAAUGUAUUGCUCUGCCGCGCCUUAUUAAAGCCAGGUGGAGGAUAUGAGCAAUUUCUGAAAACAGCAGCACUAAUAUGGAAAAGGUCAUUAAAUACUAUACAUGGGAGCCCCCUUGUGCUUCAGCUGGUUCCGGCCGUUGGAGUUCUUGUUUUAGCCGCAUGGGGUCUCAUUCCAUUGAUGCGUUUUGGCAGAAAAUUUUUCUUUCAUGAAAGCGAGAGUAAUUGGAAACAAAGCGGCUUGCAUUAUGUUGCAGAUUCCUAUCUUAAACCUGUGCUUUUAUGGACCGGAGCAAUACUUAUAUGCAGAGCAGUGGAUCCACUGAUUUUACCUUCAGCUGCAAGCCAGGCAGUCAAGCAAAGAUUUCUUACUUUUAUACGAUCAUUAUCGACAGUGAUGGCACUUGCCUACUGUUUAUCUAGCUUGAUUCAGCAAACACAAAAAUUCCUUAUGGAGACAAAAGACCCCACUGAUGCAAGAAAUAUGGGAUUCGAAUUUGCAGGGAAAGCUGUAUAUACUGCAGUGUGGGUUGCAUCUGUUUCAUUGUUCAUGGAACUGCUUGGUUUUUCUACACAGAAGUGGUUGACAGCUGGGGGUCUUGGGACAGUAUUGCUUACUCUUGCUGGUCGUGAGAUACUUACGAACUUCCUCUCAAGCAUAAUGAUCCAUGCAACAAGGCCCUUUGUUCUAAAUGACUGGAUACAGACAAAGAUACAGGGCUAUGACGUCUCUGGUACAGUGGAGCACGUAGGUUGGUGGUCACCAACAGUCAUAAGAGGUGAUGACCGUGAAGCCAUUCAUAUACCAAAUCACAAAUUUUCAGUGAAUAUCGUCAGGAAUCUUAGCCAGAAGACUCAUUGGCGGAUCAAGACUCACCUUGCCAUCAGCCACUUGGAUGUGAAUAAGAUCAAUAACAUUGUUGCGGAUAUGCGGAAGGUUUUGGCGAAAAAUCCUCAAAUAGAACAGCAGCGAUUACAUAGGCGAGUUUUUCUGGAUAAUGUUGAUCCAGAGAAUCAGGCUCUUAUGAUCAUGAUUUCUUGCUUUGUGAAGACUUCUUAUUUUGAAGAGUACUCCCGAGUGAAGGAAGUUAUAUUGCUGGAUCUGCUUCGAGUAAUCAGCCAUCAUCGUGCUCGACUUGCCACACCUCUCCGUACUGUGCAGAAAACAUAUCGUGAACCUGAUGCGGAUGAUGUACCCUUUGCUGAUUCCAUUUUCUCUCGUGACCGUCCUAAUCGCCCAUUCUUCCUUAUUGAGCCUUCUUAUAGGAUCAAUAAUGACGAUAAAACUAAGGUUUCUGCCGGUUCAGUACAACCUGAUGAAGAAAAAGAUGGAAAGGCUGAAGCACCAAGUACAUCACAGGCUGCUGAUGAUACAAAUGGUUUGCCAUCAAAGCCUGCUGAGAAAGAAGUUGUUAAGGUCUCGUCAGCAUCAAAUGCUAAUGUCGAUUUAAAAGUAGCAACUUUGUCUUCAGAUGGAAAAACACCAAAACAAGGAUUGACUAGUCCAGUUAAAAGCAACUCUGAGAAAAACCAAGUUGCUUCAGCAACUGGGGAACCACCAGGUUUGACAUCAGAUAUCAACAUUGAGAAGACAGAUGUGGCAUCUGCUGCUUCACAGGCACAACAAGAUGCUGAAAGACCAAUUUCAACACCUUCUGUGGGAAGGCCCAUGUUAGAAGAUAACAUUGUUCUUGGUGUUGCACUAGAAGGGUCAAAACUAACACUUCCAAUUGAGGAAGAAACGACUUCACCCUCUCCCUCUCCAGCAUUUUCCGACUCAGAACCAAAGGAGUUGGCUGCCUGCCGGAAUGGGAAUAGCUCAACCAGCUCAAAUAAAGAUAAGAUGGAUGAUCAGAUGGCUGAAGCUCCAAGUGCACCAAAUGUCCAAAAAGAACGCGAAAAGUGAUCAUUGUUUGUGGGUUCAACAAUGUGCAUUAAUGCGCUAAGGCUGUUUUUUAGAGCUUGCAUUACGCACAAUGUAAAUUUUCUCAUGAAAUUCCAUUUAUGUACAAUUGUGGAGCAAUAGUUGGCUUGUAUUUUAGCAUUUUGAUAAUGAUCAAUGAAGGCUAGUGCAACUAACUUUUAGCUUAAAGCUUGGCGUGACCAUCUACUGACUUUAGAUUGGUUUGUUGUACCAGGAACUCCAGCAGUUUUGGAGUGAAAUUUGACUACAGUAAGAUUGAGCUUA